AUGACGUCGCUUUCUACAUCGAGCAGGCUCUCGCAAGAGCCCAAUGCAAAUCAUGUGUCCUUCCCGGGCGCUGUGAAAAGCGCCUUCACCCAUAAGCUCAAGUACGAAACAUCAGAGGACUACCCCGCUCUUCCGACCUACCGUGUUGUCGACCAGCAAGGCGUGGUAGUAGACGAGUCGUUCGAGCCUGACCUGACCGACGCGGAGGUGGUCAAGCUGUACAAGGACAUGGUCUUCAUCUCCAUUCUCGACCUUAUCAUGUUUGAUGCCCAGCGCCAGGGCCGUCUCAGUUUCUACAUGGUGUCAGCUGGAGAGGAGGCGCUGAGUGUUGGGUCAGCUAGCGUGCUGGCCCCGGAGGACGUCAUCUUUUGUCAGUACCGCGAACAGGGGGUUUUUAAACAGCGCGGUUUUACAACAGCCGACUUUGUGAACCAACUGUUCGCCAACCGCAAGGACCCCGGAAAGGGACGAAACAUGCCAGUGCACUACGGCAGCAAGGAACUUAAUAUUCACACGAUAUCCUCUCCGCUGGCGACUCAGUUACCGCAGGCCUCGGGAGCGGCGUACGCUCUCAAAAUGCAGCGACUGAAUGAUGCCAGCCUGCCGCCGCGCGUGGUGGCGGCCUACUUCGGCGAGGGGGCGGCCAGCGAGGGCGACUUCCACGCAGCACUGAACAUGGCGGCGACACGAUCAUGCCCCGUGAUUUUCAUCUGCCGCAACAACGGCUACGCCAUCUCCACGCCGACACUGGACCAGUACCGAGGCGACGGCAUUGCGAGCCGCGGCAUCGGGUACGGGAUCGACACGGUGCGGGUGGACGGCAACGACUUCUGGGCGGUGCGCGAGGCCACCAAGCGGGCGCGGGCCAUGGCGCUGGAGAACGGCGGGCGGCCGGUGCUGAUCGAGGCCAUGACGUACCGGGUGAGCCACCACAGCACGUCGGACGACUCGUUCGCCUACCGGGCCCGCGUGGAGGUGGAGGACUGGAAGAGGCGGGACAACCCCAUCACGCGGCUGCGGAAGUGGAUGGAAGUCCGGGGCAUCUGGGACGAUGCCAAGGAGAAGACCUGCCGCGAGGAGACGCGGGCUGAGAUCCUCCGGGCUUUCCGGGAGGCCGAGGCCGAGAAAAAGCCCCCCAUCCGGGCCAUGUUCGAGGAUGUCUACGAGGAGCUGACGCCGGACUUGAGGAACCAGAUGACGCAGCUGAGGGAACACUUGGAAAAAUACCCUAACGAAUACGACUGGUCCGAAUACGAGGACGGAAAGGAUAGCUUAAAACCGUAGAGGUCUCAAAAGAAGUGGUUUUCUCACAACGAGGGAGUGAGAGGGCCGCCACAGGCCCACAGGCCCAUGCAUGAUAUCAUAUCGGAUGCCCUACUUUCCGAGUCGAACUUGAAUGAUACAAUACAUGUAAUAAGAAG